CUAUCUUAACACAACACUCUCACUCACCAAUAAAAUAAGCUUCAUUCAUUUGGCUGUGUCCGUUCUCUUGAACCAGCCCUUUUCGGCUCUCUCUAUCACUUCUAGCUGUAGAAAAAGAUAUUCCAAAUCCUUCUUCUUCUUCCUCACCCUUCAUUGCACCACCGCUUCCUAUUCAUCUUAUCUUCACAACAUUAACUAGUCCUCACCACUUUCACAGGAAAAGAAAAAAAAACUAUGACAGGGUCUCUAAUGGGGUUGUUGUUGCUCCUAUUUUGCUCUAUGCUUUCUGUUUUGGCUUCUGGUUCAUCCAGAAACUUGCCUAUCAUGGCCUUUGAUGAAGGGUACACACCUUUGUUUGGGGACAAUAACUUGGUUAUCCACAGUGAUGGGAAAUUGGUUCAUCUUUCACUGGAUGAGAGAACAGGUUCUGGGUUUGUGUCUCAUGAUCUUUACCUUCAUGGGUAUUUCAGUGCUUCCAUUAAGUUGCCUGCUGAUUACACUGCUGGGGUUGUGGUUGCCUUUUAUAUGUCAAAUGGUGACAUGUUCCAGAACAAUCAUGAUGAAAUAGACUUUGAGUUUUUGGGGAACAUUAGAGGCAAAGACUGGAGGAUUCAGACCAAUAUUUAUGGUAAUGGAAGUACCAGCAUUGGCAGAGAAGAAAGAUAUGGUCUCUGGUUUGAUCCUGCAGAAGAUUUUCAUCAAUACAGCAUUCUCUGGACAGAUUCUCAGAUCAUAUUCUAUGUGGAUAAUGUUCCCAUCAGAGAAAUUAAGAGAACAGAAUCCAUGGGUGGAGAUUUCCCCUCUAAGCCAAUGACUCUGUAUGCAACAAUAUGGGAUGCAUCUGAUUGGGCUACCAAUGGAGGAAAAUACAGAGUAAAUUACAAGUAUGCACCCUAUGUUGCUAAAUUCUCUGACCUUGUCUUGCAUGGUUGUGCAGUAGAUCCCAUUGAGCACGCAGCGAAGUGUGACAAAUCUCAAAGUUCUGGAGCAGUUCCUUCUGGCGUCACAACUUCACAAAGAAUCAAAAUGGAGAACUUCAGGAAGAAGCACAUGACAUACUCUUACUGUUAUGACAAAACCAGAUACAAAGCCCCUCCGUCAGAGUGUGUGAUCAAUCCCAAAGAGGCGGAAAGGCUAAGAAGAUUUGAUCCUGUCACAUUCGGUAGUGGUCGACAUCACCGAGGUAAACGACACCAUCACAGUAGAGGAAACCAGGGAGAAGCAGCAGCAUUUUAAGAGGGUUUCUACAUCAUCCACACUUCAUUUUUUCAUAUUGUUUCAGUUUGGGGUUACCUGGGUAGUUUUUUCAUUUUCCUUUUUUUUGGUGUAUAGAGAGAAAGAGAGGCAUAGCUAGCAUUCCUGAAUAUGAUAGUUUUGAUAUGGUUCUUCUUGCUGGUGGGAAUGUGUAUAAUAUAGUUCAUACUUUUAGGUUCCCAGGUAUUCUAUCAUUCAUGUCUUGUGCUUUACUAAUGAAAUAUGUUGAUUUCUGUUGUAUUUUUAGACCACAUUCAAUAAAUUAUUUAGCAUGAGUUAUUUGAGGAA